AUGAGUUGUCCCGAUGCUGAGGGUAUCUGGAUCAGUGACGACGGAACCAUCGGCCUCGGCCAUCGUCGUCUUGCCAUCAAUGACUUGACGCCUGACAGUGUGCAACCUCUACAUAGCGAUGACGGAACAAUACAUGCCGUCGUCAAUGGAGAGAUCUAUGAUCAUGACGCUAUUCGAGAACAGUGCAUUCGAGAUCAUGGGUAUCGGUUCAAGGGCCAUUGUGAUAGCGAAGUCUUGAUCGCUCUGUACAAGAUUCACGGAGCUCCUGGAUUCUUUGAGCAUUUGAGAGGAGAAUUCUCAUUCGUCAUUUUUGACGAAAGAGACGGACGCGUGAUUACUGCUCGCGAUCGAUUUGGCAUCAAGCCAAUGUACUGGACUAUUGUGGGCCAAGGCUCAGAGCGACAACUACUGUUGACGUCUGAAGUUAAAGGCUUUUUACCUCUUGGCUGGGAGCCUGAGUGGAAUGUGUCUGGCCUUAUUGGUGGACUCUCUCUCCAAGCCGAACAUACGGUUUAUAAGGAUGUCUGGAAAUUGAACCCAGGUUCUUGGAUCGAGAUCACUCGAAGUGGCGAGAUCAAGCACCAUCAGUAUUGGGAUCCUGAGUACAAGGAUAAGCAUGAGGUAGAAACGCGUAACUUGGAUGAUAUCAUCUUGGAAGUCAGAGAGAGAAUCAUCGAAGCUGUAAGACUUCGGCUGCGCGCUGAUGUGCCUGUAGGCAUCUACCUGUCAGGGGGCAUUGAGUCCUCCGUUGUUGCUGGAAUCGUGACAAAGCUAGUUCGAGAGGAGGGCGUUAUGCUUGGCAACCAAGACGCCACAAAGCGAAUUUCCUGCUUUAGCAUCCAAUUUCCUGAGGAGUCUGGGUUCAACGAGGCUGACAUCGCACAGCGUACCGCAGACUGGCUUGGUGUGCAAAUCCUCAAAAAAGACAUGAACGAGGAGGAGCUUGCCAAGAACUUCGUGGAAUGUGUCUACCACACCGAACACCACCAUUUCGACUUCAACUUCGUCGGCAAGUUCUGUCUCUCUACGCUACCCCGACAAUAUGGCGUGCCGGUUGUUCUCACGGGUGAAGGGGCCGAUGAACACUUCGCUGGGUACCCAUUCUUGAUGCCAGACUUCCUCUUGGAACCGGAUUACGCGUGGCCAGACUCAGCUUUGGCAAAGAAUAGUCAGGCAAGAGAAGUUAUGCAAAAGGAGAUGGCAGACGAUCUCAAAAAUAUGUUUACAAGAGUCGGCAUGUUUGACCACGAGUUUGAAACUACGGCUCCAAAGUCCCGACACCUCGGCAUUGGAAACAACGCUCUCAAGUGGCAGCCUCACUCGGACAUGUUCGCCCCCUGGGUUCAAGACUCCUAUGGGCGAAAGGAUAUGAGGGUCAGUGUAGCUGAGACCAUGUCGGCUGAAGUGCGCAAGAACAUGGAACAAAAGUGGAAUACGCUACACUCCUCACUUUACUACUACACCCGUGGUGCGCUUCCCAAUAUGAUCCUCACCUGUUUGGGUGAUCGUACCGAAAUGGCACACAGCAUCGAAGCACGGCCGCCAUUCCUUGACCAUCACUUGGUCGAAUACGUCAAUGGUCUCCCCCCAAGCUUGAAAAUUGCAUAUAACCAGCCAGAGGGCGACACGGACGGAACCGGAUCAAGUUUAUGGUGGAAGAAUCUCAGUGCUGCCCGCCAAGCCUUGAGUGAAAUGUGGAUUUUGAAGGAGGCUGGCAAGCCCUUCAUCACUCAGGAGCUGUACGACCGUCGGAAACACCCGUAUUCGGCACCUGUCAAAUGGCCUCGGGAAGGGCCUAUACACCAACUCUUCAAAAAACUGAUUACGGAAGCCUCAGUGAAUAACUUGGGGUUCUUGGAGUGGGAGGAUGUCAAGCGCUGGCUGGAGCACGGAUUUGGGGAUGAUUCUGACCCUAAUGCCUUCAGAAAAUUGGUCAUCACUGGAUCGUGGGUUGUCCUGAGCCAAAGGUUCGGGGUCAAAAAGGCGGACCGAAUUACCAAGCCCAGCUGCCAAUGA